AUGCGAGCUGGUGCUGGUAACGAGGAUCAUACGGCGUCGGAGUCCGAGGAACGUGCAACUGAUGUUGGGGAUGUUGUAUCAACCAAAAUUAGCGAAUCCUCUAGAAGAACGCCAUCAAUUUUCAAGCCUGCUUCUAGAACUGGAGGUGGUGGGAAUAAGAGCGCUUCUAGGAGUGCUUACAACAUCAUCAGAUCACGAUCUCGACGAGCUGCCUCUGCUUCGGUAGCUAGCUCUGUCGACGGUCAGACCAGAAGUUUCGCUUCCUCCGCAGGCGCAUUGACGUCAUCGCGCCACCUCCACGGGAGCAUUGCAGCCAGUGCGGUGGCUAGUCGCGCUGCAAGGAGGCGCAAGAAGUUUGCGCAACAAGGCGGAACAAACGGCACGAGCGCCAGUUUAGUGUCCUUAGAAUACGUCGAGCCCCUAGAGAUCACGCCUAUACCGCGAGAUAGGCAAUCAAGCACUGCAUUAGAUGCAGGUGGAGAUCAUGCACAACAAAGAAGCUCCUUACACUACAACAAUCAACAGCCGCUUCAUCAGAGCAAAAAGUCAAUGCCCCCAUCAGAGGUAGACCAGGAUCAUAAAGAUCAUCUUCAACAUUCGAGUACUACUCCUGCGGUGAUGUCGGAAAUGGAAGACAGAGUUCUGCGCCCGAAAGAACAACCAGAUGUUGAAAUACUGCAGGAGCAGAAGCCGCAGUACCAGCAUCAGUCGUCCACAGGAGCAUCGAUUUUGCAAUCGGCACGGUUUCAGUCUACAUUGCAACAAGCGAUUCUAGGCCUUGGUAUUCUCCGUUACGACGACGAAGAGAUCUAUGAAGAUGUACUAGAAGAACCUGCUGAGUUCGCGCAGACGAAUCCCCCGAAUGAUAAAGAUGAUAUGAAACUUCAACAUCUUGAUGUCGAGGCGGUGGUGGAAAGGACCACAAGUAAAACUGAGGAAAGACAACAGGAACACCUAGUACUAGCUGCAGCUACAUCAACAUCAACUGGUAGUGGUAAGGCGCAACACGACAGCGAUCUUCUUUCAUCUCCUCUACCUUUGGAACAUCAAAACGGAGAGGAGCAAACAUACGGUUUCGUCGCGGAACCGCUUUCGCUAACCGCAGUCGCAAAACUGGAUGAGGCGAGUGCAGGUUUUGUUUCGCCCUUAGCGACGACUAGCUUGUUUGGCGGCGUAUCGGCUUCGUCAUCGGUGAAUGGUGGUGGAAGCACACCUCGUAAAAGCCAAGGCGCUGGUAAUGGGACGCCCCGAUUAGCGCCAGCAGAAAGAGCUCGAGCGAGACGCCGAGUACAAGGAAGCGACUUAUCUAGGGACUUUCAGGCCAGAAGUGUCUUCCAAAGAGACACAUGGAUACGAACGAGUAGUGUAAGCUCUGCCGCCAGCGAUGACGGCAUCAGUUAUGGUUCAUUGUACUGUUGAGUUUGAAACUCCUGAUACUAAACAUGACACAAUCAAUAGACAUUCGGACAUGAUAAAAUAGGGGUUGGAAUUCUGCAAGUCGAGAUACUUUUCGACACCUUUGAGGCAACUUGGGAAUGUGUUCAAGCAAGUCUUGAACGAAGAAGUCAAGUAGUUUGUCAAAGAAGUGCGCCUCCAGCUAUUGACUCACAUGAUGCAACUAUUUCUGCAAACUUCUGCAAACAUGUUGAUUCAAUUAUUGCGUCUUCAAUGACAGCAUACCGACAUCACAAAUGAGGCACCUCUAAAUCAGUUACCACCACAAAAAGAACAGCCUGGGUCGCAUGCCUACUAGCGAGUCGGUCAGACUGAGUAACAGCUUUCGCGACUUUCCUGCUUCCGACUCUCCUUUUCUUACUGCGACUCCUUCCAUUGAUUCGCCACUGGAGCGUAGUCUUACAGUGGGUGCAGAACAACAGGAGGAGCAAGAGCAGGGUAGCUCCAGCAUGUUUAAUAGAUCCUCAUCAAGUAAAGCAGGUGGUGCUGAUGAAGACGGCCAACCACAAGGUACUGAAGUUAAGGCUGUACCUAAUACAUCUUUGUUUGGACGCAUCCUUGAAACGUAAGGAGGAGUAUCCUAAGGGAAUACUCCCCCAUACUUUUCAAGGAUGCAGUUGCAAGAUGAAUUACGGACAGCUCUAAUGAACGAAUUAGUGAACGGAAUAGCUUUUUUGACGAAUACCGAUCCCCCCACACGUGGCACGGAACAACUUCUAGAGCUCAGCCACCACGGACCGGUCUGGCGGCACUAUUUGAAGAUGAAGUGGAUUCCGCUUUGGGUUGUUCGGGGUCACACGCGGCAGAACAAAAGUUCGAGUAUGAAGAUGGUGGGGCUGGAGCAGGUGGAAGGAGGUCUCGUCGUGGAAGUAAAGGCACUUCACCAGGUGAUGGAGAUGCAAGUCCUGGUGGAGUUUUAGAUCUUCAAGAAAUACGUGGUAGAAAGAUCAUAAAAAAAGGAGAUACUGACAAUUCCCUCGAGGUAAGUAGCAUGCAGGAACUGAAAACAUCUGCUUCCUCAUCGUCUACUUCAAGGAAUUCGGUACAGAAUUCGUCGGCAGGCAAAGAUUCUCCGCCUACGCCCCGUGAGAACUUACAUCAACCUGCUCACGGAGAGAAAAAAGCAGUGCUAGCUAAUCCUCUCCUCACUAUGGGAGCUGCUGCAGGAGGAAAUGCGAAUGCCGCAUCGAAUUCUAAUAACAUGCAGGCUUCUAAUGAUCCAAACGAGACGACUGCCUUCUCCGCAGGUCAGGAUUAUCCUUUGGUGCUUGAGCGCGUACCUGGACUGACGCCGUCCGUUCUCUAUGAUUGCGCAGUCGUCGAGCCGGCGUCCAAACGUGAACCCUUUCCGGCAGAAGUAGAGUUGAGCCUACAAAAUACUCUGAGGAGGCUAGACGCGGACCCACGAGUCGGUUUCAUCACCGGUGAAGAUGGGAUGAUGGCUUCGCUCCAGCGUGCCGCACACAAAGUCACGAAGAAACCUGCCUGCAUGUCGCCACUGCUGAUGUUGCCAGUUUACUCGCGGUGCUAUCGUCCAGGAUCGGUGUUUCUCAUCUGUACGGUCGGUCUAGAGGGAGAAGACACGUAUCUGAAUCUGAGUGAUCUGGCGGAACGAUCGGGGUUUGCCGAAAGCAGAUUCAGAGAUCUAUUCAGAGUCGAACGUUUCGAGGACAUCCUCAGCGAUCACGUAACUGAGAUGACAAAACUAAUGGCCGAUGGUGAAGCAGAAGUCGGACACGCAACUUCUAGCAAAGGCGGCCUAGACGCCGUUCUUGCGAUGUGCAAACAGUCGACUGAGGAUGCAGAGACGAUGACCUUCAGACGCAUUGCGGGCCGGAUUGCCUCUCAAUUCCGAAACACUUCGAAAUCACUACUUGCAACUAGUACAACGACAACUGGAGGAGUCGCAGGUGGUGCCGUAGCAUUGAAAACCGAUAGUGCAACAAGAAGACCUCCACCUCCCAGUCCCAGUAGUUACAACAAGCUUCCGCGUUUGGGUGGUAUUUUUGUAGAGUGCGCCGAGAUGAGCACCUACAGUGACCGACUGCGUGAGAUUUUCAAGAUUCCUGUUUGGGAUAUGGUGUCUCUGUCGCACGCGUUGAUGCUCGGAUACCUGGACAAUCCACUCUUCGGACGGAUAGGCUGGCAAACGCGCCAUCCGCAUGCGAUAGAAGAUUUACCUUCGGCUGUCGUUCCGCUGGAUGAAGAUGCAGAUGGUGGUGCUGAUGAGGCCGCGGAUGCUGCAGAGAGCAAGGACAAACCACACGAGGAAGCGAGUGGUGUGGUUUAUCCGCCAGCAGAAGUCCUCGAAACAACUCAAGUAGAAGAGAGGAGCACAAGUCCCGCAGCGGUGGAGCCAGGCUCGUCGACGUCAAGGCCGAGAGAUAAUUCGUGUACUCAAGAAGAGGUAGUUACUUCUGUGGUGCACGUAAUUCAGAAUGCGAGUAAAUGGUCUUUGACUGGGUCGGAAGCCGAAGCAGGAUUCGCAGAAAGUGCGGCGAGGGGAGAUAUGUGCGUGUUGCCGGAAGACGACCGAGCGGGAGAGCGAGCGCGCAAAGAACAAGUUCUAGCCCUCAUUGCUUAUCUGAAGAAAUGUAAGGAGCAAAGAGAACGAAAUUAUCUAGAGCUGCAAGGCGGUGGAGAGGCAGGAACGGGAGACGCGCAGGAUGCAAAGAAGAAGAAAGUGGUGUUCGGGUUGGGUUGUAUUCGCAUUGAUUCCCUAUACAAAACUGCUCCCGGAGACGUUGCUGAUCCGCGCUCCCAUGAGUUCCCUAUUGUGAAUCGCGUCGUCCCAGGAUUGACGUUUGAGCGGUGUAGAGCUGGUAUGCCGACUCUGCCAGCAUUCGUUCGACGUAACUUCAUCAACGCAAUAAGGUACUUGGACCGGGACCCCAGUGUUGCUUUGAUUACUGGCGAUUGCGGCUUCAUGAUGGCGUUCCAGGAACUGGCGCAAGCUUACAGUCGCAAACCGGUUUUGAUGUCCUCUUUGAUGUUGAUCACGGGCUUGAACCAGUUCAUCCAUCCAGACCGGCAGAUUGCUAUUUUCACUGCGAAUGGUGGGGAUCUAGAACCUUUGAUUCCCGUGGUUUCGCGGGUCUGCGGCAUGGGUUUGCGGGCCUUCGAGUGUUUCAACGAGGACUUGUAUCACGAUUUGCAAGAUCGAACGUACUUGGACAGCGAUGCCGGUAGUACUAGCAUAGCUGCCGAGACAACUCAGCAGGAUGAGGGAUUCCGGUUUCACGACCACAGAAAUCUUCAUCUACCUCCAACUGAGUUGUCUAGUUCGCCAAGAAGUGGAGCGGGUGGACGAGGUGAACGUGAACCUCAGCCAGGAGUAGGAAAGCAUCACUUGUUCCUUUCAGCUGGAGGCUACAGCUUCCAUCCCCAACGACCUGCUAAUCUUCAGCACGAUGCGCAAGAGCAGGACUACCACGUGGACGGCGGACGUUGCACACAUCAAAGUGAGGCUGGUGACCAUGAAGAUGAGGUAGAAGAUGACGCUGCUUCUGCAUCGGCGACCGAGAGUGAGGCAUCCACCUCGCUGCUGACCGGAUCUCGUCGCGUUCGUGCUGCGAAGCGACGCCAUUCGAGAGGUGGAAGCAUAGGAGGCAAAAAAGUUGCGUCUUCAGUACCAGGCAGCCGCAGUGGCUCAGUCGACGAGAGUUCGGAACAUCUUCAAGCUGCGCAGCUGCAACAGGCUAUUAAUGCAGGACCAUUCGGAGCAACACCAGGAGGAAUUGCGCCAGGAGUCAUCGUCACAACAACUACAUCUCCAACAGGGGAAGCAAAAGACGCAACAUCAACAAAGAUCGGAGGAAGGGACCUAUCUCCAGUACUACCCGCUGCUGCUGCUCGUAGUGCGGAAAGUCUUGAGCAAGAUGGCGUAGACAGUCCAGCCGACGAGGAGCACCGUUUGCUAGAACUGAUUUUAGAUGAAAACCAGCCAGUCGGUGCACAGGAUGUGUUUGGGACCGCAGCAACAGGGAAGAUGCGAACGCUGCGGGAUCUUCAGGAUGAGCAGUUCGAUGUGGCUCACACCCACAGAGCAGUAGGAGAACAACCUCAACAUAAACUUCAUGAAGAUCAUGAUGAUUCUAGCGAGUGCUAUGAAAAUUAUUCAUUGGAAUUAGAUCCUUUUGCAAUGGUCUUGAUCACGUCGACCAAGAAGCCGCUCAAGAAGAACCACAAGCAAAAGAACGAGGAGAUGAGCAUGAUGAGAGUGGCCGCGACAGAUCUAAGAACAGAUCGCGACGAUGAGGAUUCUGCUCCUGAUGAAGAUGAGGACACUUUUGCCUUUGAUCCGAAAGUAGCGGCUAUGUGCAACCAGGUGAUGACGGCGUACAUGUUGGCGCAAGGUGAAGUUGGGGGAAAUAUUCCAGGCAUUUUGAUGACGAAUGCGAGUUCUCAUGAACAAGUGUCUCGCACUCAUGAACAAGUGUCUCCACCUCCAGGUAAGACAUCGGCAACAACGAUCCGAGAUGGAGCUGAUGCAACAGAGGACGCCGCUAGGGGUAGCACAGGUACUGUUGAAGAUGAAGCUUUAUUCCAGAAGACACUCUCCGUCACGAGUCGGGAGGAACGUACGCUAGCACGUGUGUACUCGCAAGAACUUGCAGGUGGGGAAGUAGGAGAAGACUUCAAUAAAACAGAUGAACCUGGUGAGGUCGAGCAGAUGGACACUGUUCAGGCGGUUGUGUUGUCGAAAAAUGUUGUGACGGGAACAACUCGUGGAACAAUAGCAGCGAGGACUUCGACAAGAAACAUAAAGCCUACUCAUCUACCUGUACCUUCGGCAUCAUUCAAUCACCAUGCGAUGACUUCCUCGGAGCUUCAAUCGUGGCUAGUAGAAACGCUAGUGCAGAAGUGCGACGCUAAGCCUCAUGAGGCAACAAGCAUGCUGUUGCUGGGUGAACACGGAGGAGCAGGAUCGCCUCCUGGCUCUACUGCUUUGAACACUGCUUCCACGAGCAGUAGUAGUGCGUCCUCUUGUGCGACGCAGAAUGUCCAUCUUGAUGCGCUCUCGCUUUCUCACCCAGGCGCAGCCUCUACGCAUCUACCAGCGAUUACUGAAGAUGCUGUGCUAGAAGAAGUGCCACAAGACGAAGCUUUAGGAACUACAAGCGAACACCUCCAUCAUACGCAAUCUUCGCAACUAUUUUUGCCGAAUAAAUCAGGUUCGCCAUCACCACACUACUCGCCAGCUUUAUUUGGAGCAGGAGCUGCACCAGGUGUGGUCGGUGUCACGCAUCUCACCUCUCCUCUGGACCUAGCUCUUUCUGACCUGUCUCCAGUCCCUCUGAAGGACCAUCACGAGGUAGAUGCUCUAGGCGUGGCAGAGAAAGGCGACAUCAGCGACCUACCCGGCGGGGAAACCCACUCUCCCCACUCUCCUACCCAGGAUGACAAUUUGGAUGGAAGUGUGAAGACGAUGAUGACGAGAGAAGAAGAAGAGGACGCUGUACCAGUUCGUGGUGAUGCCAUUUCAGGAGGUGGGAAAGACAACAAUUAUUCGAUUAAAAAUGUGAAAGCGCCGUCCUCGACGACGCUCUUUCCACCUGCAGGAGGUGAGCAACAACAAGCACCUGGAGGUGCACAGUCUACGGACUAUGAGGAGUACUACCACAUUUUAAAUGUAGGAGAACAGCGAGGGCAUCAUAAUCGCACGAAUCAACAUGUUCUUGACAAUAGUCGUCAUGAUCUUGCAGUAGCUGACAGGACGCACGCAGGAGCAGGUGGGAACAAACUACCUCGAGACCCAGGUGGAGAUCAUCAAGAAGCAGAAAAUACUGAAGUUUUGAUCACAGUAAGUUAUUGGGGUUGUCUUACGCAGGCGCCGACGUUACAGCAGCAACAGGAUCACUCAAACGACAACCUCCAAUCCCAACAAGCGAAAGACGCAACCUCCCAAGAAGGUCUUCCAGCACAAAUAACAAGUAACCUUCUCCGUACAACUAAAAACAAGUCUUUCGAUCAGUUGAGUCAAUCUCACCCGAUCGUCCCAAACACCGAGAGCCAACUGCGAAUGCUGGAACACUGUGAUCAACCCUUGCAGCACAAAAUGAUCAGAGGAGGCUCGGACGCCGGCUAUGCAUCAACGUCGGAAUUAGACAACAUGCUCAUUCGUACGAAGAUGUCGCUCUCCUCUCUAGCUCCAGGAGACCUCCAACAUGGAGAGGAUGCUACAACUGGAGGUUUCGGAGCCUCUUCACGAUAUGAUCUUGAUCCUUUGGAGGAUGUUCAUGGAGAUCGGGAUGCAGAUGAACAUCACGUACAAUCGAUGAUGAAACAGCAUCCGAGGUAUGUCGAGGUAGAACUGACUCCCGUGGAGCAACCUGAUGGCGGAGAAGAGCAUAUCACGCAGACUGCCACUGGUGUUGACGAGGAUGCUCAACUACAUCCUCGUCAUGCUUCUACUAUUAAGGCUCAGCUUUCAAUGGUCAUUGCGGUUGGUCACUGAGAUCGAAGAAGCGACCCCUUUGGAGAACAGGGGAAAAGGAAGGGAAAGGGGAGAGCUUUGAAGGGGGUCCCUUCCGUUCAGCACCAGUGACCAUUGAAUGCUGAGCUUUAAUACUAGUGCAAAAAGGGCAACUUCUUCUGUAGCAGGUGGACCGUCUUCUCCGAUCCCAGGAGCUUCUGCGGGACCUCCUGUGGUCUCUGUGGUUCAGCAAUCUACAGCUCUAGUUCCAGGUACAGAGCUAGAGACCGCCUCAGGUGGAGGAGCCUUUCCAGGACCAGACGAGGUGAUUGCAACAACCGAUUUGCUUGCGGCACCUGAAGUAGCGCACAUCGAUCGACAGAGGUUCGUGGUAAUGGGAGUCGAAGACUUGCCGGCAUUUGAGGGGAUUAGCCUUGGGCUACCCCUCGACUUCGAAGCGUGUGAAAUGGUGAUGCUAAAAAAAGCUGCGAAGUUAGUUGAGCUGCAUCCAGACAUCGAUUGCUUUCUGUUGGAGUGUACCCAACUUCCGAUGUUCUCCGACUCCUUGCGCGCAACGUUUCCGGGCCGGCCUGUCUACGACGUUGUGACAGCGUGCCACAUGCUGAUGCUCGGUUUUCUCACGGCGCCAAAAAGCGAGGAGGACAUUUACAACUACCAAAAAUUGACUAACGGAAAAAAUAAUCAGACGGAGGAGCAGCAAAAGGCAUUGAUAGAUGGUGCUGGGGAUGCAAGAACUGGUCACCAUGAAGUAGAGCAUCAAGGCUACAUUUUUGGUAUGGAGCUGAGCGCGGAAGAGCGUAGAGAAGUUGCUGAAUUUGAACCAUACAGGCAUCUAUUUGCGGAAGCAGGAGUGCCGUUGUGAGAGAGUGGAAAAUCCUGGUAUCUUGCGGUUUCAUUCCAUUGAAUUUGGACUUCAUCUGAACUUGUGCUCAUUUCGUCGUUCUCCUGAUGUUAUACUCGUCAACACUAGUUUAUUUUGCUCAUCGUGCUAUUUUUCGUAUUCGUUGACGGACUUAAAUGCACACUCAAUGUGGUUGUGGUUUUUCAAUGGAAAAAUUUUCUAACAUUUUCAUACAAGGAAGAAGAUUAACGUUUGAUACAACAGCACGAGGCAUAAUUAUUAAAAAUGGACAUGGUUAAAGAUUCAUACACGCUCAACGCAGUGCGCUUUCGCACUGGUACAUUUGAAAGUCGUUUAGAUCUACUAUCAUACGUUAAGAUUUUUAACACUAUCCACUUUUCCCCACGCAGAAAAUAUGCUUGCCUACUUGAUGCCGUCUUCUUCAUUCUCUCAUUUUUUCAAACAUCGAUAAAAAUGUUGGAGCUUGUUACAAUACUCUGUCAUGAUUAUGAAACUCAAUCUAACUUGUUGUACUACGAUGCAUUUCCGCGCCGGGCUCUCAAGUAUAAUUUCGCGUUCUUACCUUGUCGUUUUUGGGUGAGAAGUGGUUUAUGCUGAAGGUGGAAACAUUAGCAUUCACAAGGGAUAUAGUCGCUGGUGAACAUUUUUUCUGCUUUUCGUACGUUCCUUGUAGCUAGAAGUCGCAUUCGUCAGAUGGAUGGAGAGCACUAGUGGGUUCAGUGCGGGCGGUGUGCUGUGCGCAUGAGGCUCAGCCGAGGCUAAUAUUACCAACGACGUCUUAUACUCAUAUUUCUAAUUCAAAUUUUUAGCGAGUCUG